GGGGGGGGGAUUUUUCUACAUGUUCACCGGGUGGUCGCUAGGACUACCUACGCGCGACGCUUUAAUAGAACGGUUUAAUCAUACUUCUGUGACAGAGAUUGUGUUACCAGACCUGUGUUUACUUGGGUUUUAAAAAAGACAAAGUGAUUUAAACAAUGGAGGAACAGGGCAACGAUGACGUUGAACAACAGAAGAAGGUCAAGUUUGAGGAGAAGAGUGAUGAGCAAGCACCUGCUAAGAAGGAAACAAAAGAAAAUAAAGAACAUAAAGAUGAAGAAGACGAAGAAGAAGAUUCUUUGGUUGGGAAGUCCGAUGACGAUAAGCAUGCUCAAAAUGAUAUUAAAUCUGCAAAUACAGAACAGGAGAAAAAUAAAACAUCCGCUGAAAAUAAUAUUGAUAAAAAUGAUGGAUUAGGAAAUGAUUUGGAAAUGCUUGAGGCCGCUUAUAAACGUGAAGGAGAAAAUAACCAAACCUCUAAAAAUGAACUAGAUAAAAUUAUUGAAAAUAAGAAUGAAAAUCCAAGUGAAAAAGAAAGAAAAACAAGUACUGCUUCAAAGAAAUCAGACUCUGUAAGCGACGAGGAAAAGGCAAAACUAAAGAAAGAAAGUAAAACUGUCGAGUUUGAUAGAGUUAGCAACGCAUCUGGAUAUUCAUUAAAUAGUAGACGAUCGAAUGGUGAACGAAGUGCUCUGACAGAGACCGCCAAAAGUAAAUCACCUGAAAAAUCUAAUGAUAAAACGCCUAAAAGGUCUCAAAAUAAAUCACCUAUAAAGAAAAACGAGAAAAGGAAAGUAUUAAAAUCAGACGAUGAGGACACAUCUGAUUUUCGGACCUCUGUCGAGUCUCUUUCAUCGGGGGUUGGUAAUCCUAAGGAAUACAAGAUAGCAAAGGACGCGCUUUCUAAUACGUCGGACGACUAUAAAUCUAAAGAGCAGCCUAAAGAAGUCACGGAGAAGAAUACUGUCAACAGGUCAAAUACAAGUUUGAGGAGGGAACCAGACAACGAAUCAAAGAAGGAACAUUCUAAGGAUUCUGAUAAGGAUCUAGUCAAAGAGUUUACAGAAAAGUCAGAGACAGACAUGAGAAGAGAACCAGUAAAAGUCUUGUAUGGAGAACCAGAAAGUGAUUUAAAGGAACCAGGUCAAGUAUCAAAGGUUGAUCACGAUUCACCGAGGGAAGAAUCGGGUAAAACUACAAAUGCAAUAGAUGAUGAUAAACAAUCAUCUAAGCAAGACGAAGGAAUUAAGCAUGUCAUAGAUAAAGAUGAUCCCCAGUACCAGGUUGACGAAGAUGGUGAAGAAUCUACAUCAUAUAAGUCAAAGAAAGUAAACGAAACUAAAGUGACUAUGCAAGUAACUGUUGAUGACACCAAGCCUUCAAAUAAUGAAGAACCAACGAAACCAGUAAAGGAACCAGAGCCUAGAUCUGUAACUGUUACUACAAAAUAUAAGAAGCCACCUGCUAGCACUGCUAGUUCUUCAGUAAAUUCGUCAUCGAAUCAAAGUUAUCCACGACCAAGUCGUACUGAAACCAUGUCACCACGUGACAUUGUUGCAGAAAAAAGGAAAGAACGUCGACAGCAGUCACAGAGUGCACGAUAUCCAUCACAGAGCAAAUCUUCCGCUCGUGACGCGACUAUGGCAACUCGAACUUCAUCGAGGGCUUCCACAUUUAGAAGUUCAAGACCACCUAGCCGGGCUAGGACAGCACUGAGCUUCUCUACAGAAAGAAGACGGAAAGAGCGGGAGUUUUUCCAUGCGGAGCUACAGCGUCUGAAGGAUAGUCUAAGAAAAGAAUCGAAGAAAAUUAAAAAGCCAAAAGUACGGGACCAUUACCCCGAUGUGUUUACAAGCCUAGCACCGUACUUCGACACGUACACAGCGAAUUUUCUUAUCAAAAUGCCUGAACUUGGGUACAAAGAAAACCAGCCCCCUGAGGUAAAGAAACAACCGACCGUUGAAUCCGAAGAGACACACGAUUUAAUGUACACCACUAGGUGUACGGCAAUAGGACUGUGCGACCCAUGUGUGAGUCUCAGUAUGGAUAGGAAUGUUUUACCCAAGUUGGAAACAGCUGAGAUCCGCAGAAAGAGGAUCGAACAAAUGCAUGCCGGUGAUUCAAAACCUAAGUCAGGCAGGGCUUCUUCUAAUACAGACAGGAACGGAAAAACAGGCAGUGAAUCUAACAAUGCGCACGAUCCAGAAUCUCCACGCCAGAAGCGACCGGAAGCUAAGCAGGGUAGCACGAGAUUGCCUAAGUUCCCAGUGAUAGCGCCACCUAACUCUGACCUUACCACUAAAGAACUUCACUACGGUGAUGUACCAAUGUUGAGGGAUGAAAUGAUCAAAUCUUUCAGUCACUAUGGUGAAGGCAGGAAAAAGUCGGACUAUGACAGAACAAAACAAGAUUUCUACCGUAUGGAAUUAGACAGAUUAGAUGAGUAUCACCAUACGACGAGACCCCACAUGAGGGCCGCUUACUUCGCGUACCUUCAGAACACGCCUGGUUCCCGUAAAGCAAUAUACGACUGUAUGAAGGACGUUUCAAACCCGAAGAAAAAGGAGGAACAAUCCCCACAGGCGGUGGCAUGAGUGUAGAGACUAAUUAAUAUUCUAUAAAUAAUCAUAAUUUAUCUUGAACUUAAAGAAAAAUGAAUCGUUAUAUAUUUCUAACAAAGUAUGAGUCCUGCAGUUGCAUUAAAGUGAAAUAUUAGGAUAAUUUUGUAUCAAAAAUAUUGUGUACUAAUAAAUAUCUUAAAUAAACAUUCUAGAUUGACACAGAGUUCAGUGGAGGAUUUUCUUUUCACUUUUACUAUCAAAACGAACUCCAAGUUGCAUGAAUCUUAUUUUCUUUGUUAAAUUAUUGUCCAAAGAUGGAAUGUGCGACCUUUUCUACUGAUGAAUUCAUUUUUUAACGAAUUCUAUGACAAAAAUAAAUGGAGUUUAUUAUCAGUUCUUAGAACCCUUUGUUUUGGCAAUAAAGUGUUCAUCCGAAAGAAUAUCUUUAUUUAGUCUUGAUUGAAUCGGAGCUUGUCUUGAAGCUAUC